AGAAGAAUCACGCAGUCAGAAAACUCCCAACUCGCUCUCUCUCUAGACUCUCUGUUUCUGUUCCCAAGGGUUAGGGUUUAUCCUCGCUCUUCUGCCAAUGGACUCAACCAAGAAGCGAAAGCUGGACGAGAACGGCGUCGUUCUGGACACGGAUCCCUCCUCCGCCCCCAAGCUCUCCCCCGAAGACGCUCGCAGGCUCAUCGAGCGAUUCACCCCCGAUCAACUCCUCGACAUUCUCCAAGACGCCCUCUCCCGCCACGUCGACGUUCUCGACGCCGUCCGCUCCAUCGCCGAUCCCGACGCCUCCCAGCGCAAGCUCUUCAUCCGCGGCCUCGGCUGGGACACCACCACCGAGGGCCUCCGAUCCCUCUUCUCCGCCUACGGCGAGCUGGAGGAGGCUAUCGUUAUCCUCGACAAAACCACCGGAAAAUCCAAGGGUUACGGGUUCGUCACGUUCCGCCACGUUGACAGUGCUCUCAUGGCCCUGAAAGAACCGAGCAAGAAGAUCGACGGCCGCAUGACCGUCACGCAGCUCGCCUCCGCGGGGAAUUCGAACUCCAACACCGCCUCCAACAACGUCGCUGACGUAUCGUUGCGGAAGAUUUAUGUGGCCAAUGUUCCCUAUGACAUGCCAUCGGAUAAGCUCUUGGCGCAUUUUGCUCUGUACGGGGAGAUAGAGGAGGGCCCGCUAGGGUUUGAUAAGCAGACUGGGAAGUGCAAAGGGUAUGCGCUGUUUGUGUAUAAGACUCCGGAGGGGGCUCAGGCGGCGCUUGUUGAUCCGGCGAAGAACAUCGAGGGGAGGCAGUUGCUUUGUAAAUUGGCGAUUGAUGGGAAAAAGAGCAAGUCGGACGGGCCGGGGCAGGGUCAAGGACCCGGGAGUGGUUCCAAUGCGCAUGGAGAUGGGAUGGGGAUGGCACCGCCGUCUUCGAUUCCUGGGCAGUACGGCAUCCCAGGUGGAAUUGGUUCUUAUGGUGGGUAUAACAGUGGGCUUCAGGGCCAGCCUCCAUUGGGUCACCAUCCAUUGGGUGGGCCUGGGUUGUCUGGUAUUGGAAACCAGGUGAAUUCGGGUUUGGGUGGUGGUGGUGGAUAUGGAGGGUUGGGUGGGCCUUAUGGUAACUAUGGCGGGCCUGGGGGUUAUGGUUUAGGUGGUGCCGGUGGGUUGGGUGGUGGACUUGGUGGUGCUGGGUCGGGUGGUCCAGUUGGUGGUGUGGGUACUGGGUCGUCUUUAUAUGGAUUGCCUCCGAGUUCAGGUGGGUUACCAUCUGGUAGGUAUCCGGAGGGUGGGCACUACGGCCUGUCGGCCUAUCAGAAUCAGCACCACCAGCAAGCUGGAACGUCACCCCUUCCAAGGGUUCCUCAAGGUGGCAUGUACCCAAAUGUGCCACCUUAUUUCUGAGGGUUUUCUCUUUGAUGGGCGGGGAGUGGAAUUUGGGGGCCAGAAGUGAAGAUGUAAGGGGAAUAUUUUGAUGCUUAAGCUUGGUGAGAUGAAUUGUGUUAUGGUGGUUGUGGCGGCAAGUGUUCUCUCGUUGUCGGGCAGGGUGAGUGAAAUUUUGGUGGCAGAGGCCGAGAAGUGUAGAAGAUGUAGAGGAAUACUUUGAUGCCAAAUCUCGGUGAGAUGAAUUGUGUCGUGGUAGCCGAAGGCUUAUGAUUGAUGUUUGCCACGGGAUGCAGAGAGAUAUUCCAUCCGCGGUGGUAGUUUGUGCUUGAUCGUGAAAGUUGUAUAUAAAGUCUACGUUCUUUUAUGUUAAAGUGAAAGUGGAGAGCAAUUGGGGUAUCAAGUUUCAGCUUUAUUCUUUGUUACGUUUGUUUCCUGAUAUCGACCGUGUUAUCAGUCCGCGACUCGAAAAAUGUAGAAAUUUGAAGAUGUAUUAGUCAAUCCUCCUGCAUAAAGUUGGCAUCUAAUUAGUCAAUUGUGUCGGAACACAGGCGCAUAUGCUGUAUGUAAUUAUACAAGUGAAACAAUUCUUGAACUUUUUCUUUCUUCUAAUGAGGUAUGGUUACGGUCU